AGUGCUCAGCGACGCCAACCAGCUGCCGCCUCUCGUGCCCUUCUUUCUUCCGUAUUUCUCUCAUCGAUCUCUACAUUCUCUCUCUUAUCUCCAGGGGCGCCAUGAGUUCUGUCAGUGCUGCCAUCGUGUGCCUGCUGGUGGCCCUCACCCCCCUUGCCCUCGCCCAGCAUUCCUACAGAUGUCCCGAUGACUACGAAGACAGAAACAACAAAUGCGUCAAGAUCCAGAGACUGCCGCCCAAGGUGAGUGAGUGAGCCCACACACUCAGUAAGGCAGAUCCAGCCGCUCUACACUGGCAGACGUGCCGCCCGAUGUGUGUGCUUCAGAUGGGCUGUCCGGACGGCUACUUGCUGCGAUGCCGUUCCCACGACAAGACGGACUGCUCCUGUGUGAAGAGGCACUUCGCCGAUUAUCAGUACGAGUGCCCCGUUGAGUGGCGGCUCAAGGAGGACCAGUGCAUCUGGCGAGAGACCUGCCCGCCCGUCUACGAGUGCCCGGAGGUGCCGCCACAUACACUCGAGACCGGACUUGUGCGGGUCCAUACCUCUGCUCUGUGUGUGUGUGUGUGUGUCAGGGUUACGAUCGCCAUGGAGACGAGUGUCGCAAACACGAAGUCACUCCAGCCAUCCCCUACUGCCAUGAGGUGCGUCGGCGGGCGGCCGGGCAGACAGACAGCCAGCCCACACUUACUCUCGCUUCUUUCUUGUCCAUUAGGGUGAGCUGAAGGAUGGCGGGUGCGUGACCAUCGACAAGAAGCACGCCAAGCUCACGUGCCCCCACGACUACAAGCUGGUCGGCAAAGGGAAGGACCGCAAAUGCAGGGCCACCCACUACUCCGACCACCAGCGGCACUGCCCCGACGGCUACACCUUCCAGGACGACGUGUGCCUCAAGUACUGGGAGAAGCCGGCACACAGCUACUGCCCCGACGGGUCGAGUGAGGAGCGUGGCAAGUGUGUCAAGUACCACUAUGAGGAGGCGGAGAGACACUGCCCCGCCCACGCGGAUGGCCAUCACAUCAAGACCAAUGGCUUCGGUGAGACACACAACAGAGAAGGAUGAACAAGGCGAUCCCUCCCACUCUUGUGUGCGUGUGUGUGUGCGCAUCCACUAUCAGAGGACGCCAUGAGGGGUCUGUGUCGGUGCAAGACGUGCGACAACGAGAAGGGCGAGUACGAGACCGUCAGCCUCACGGCAGCCACCGACGAGGAUCGCCGGGAGGAGUGCAUGGACCUCUGCCUCGACAAGGAGGGCUGUGUGGCCAUCGAGCUGGCCCUCGGCAAGACCCGCUGCGAGCUGCACUUCGGGGAAAUCUCACACGUGGCCCACAACAGCAAACACGAGUGCAUCAAGAGAGAGGAGGGUAUGCAAACACAAGGCCAGACGCCGCGUAUUCGCUGCCGCAUCUCUCUCUCUCUCUCUCUGUGUGUGUGUGUGUGUGUGAUGUUGAUUCAGGCGAUGAGGAUGAGUGCUACGGCGUGGAGUACUUCGACAAGGAGCUGGCGUGUCCGGGGAAGUUCACCCCAUCGGACCACACCUCGCCCGACGGCAAGCCCAUGUGCGAGAAGUGCAAGGACGGACAUGGCCAAAAGGACACACACAACUGCGUCUACAAGCCGGUGAGCAGACACAGACGCAAAAAUAUCGAGCCACACACAGACAUCCUCUCUCUCUCUCUCUCUCUCUCUCUCGUUGUGUGCAGAUGAAGUAUCGCUGUCCGGAGGGCACCGAGAAGUACAACAAGCAUCAGUGCGUCAAGAAGUUCCCCAUCGAUCACGCGUACUCGUGCGACCACGGCUACGAGCUCAUCUACCGCGGCAAAGACGCCAAGUGCGUCAAGAAGGAGUACCUGCCAUUCGAGUAUAAGUGCGACAAGGGCGGCGACCUCCACGAGUACUACGACAGGCACGUGUGCAAGUACGAGGCCACCAAGCCGUACGAGACGAGGUGUGAGGACGGCUACGAAUGGCAUGAGGACGGCAAGGCAAAGUGCUUCAAGGUGAGACAGAGAGAGAGGCGGAGAGGCACACACACACACACACUCGUCUAUCUGCUCAUCCUCCUUGUGUGGGUGCAUCUGUCGUCUCAGCACGUGUACGAGGCUCCCAUCCCUGUGUGCCCCUCCAAGUACGACCUCCGUGGCUGGCGGUGCGUCCACAAGCGCACCUCUCCCCCGGCCUACAAGUGCCCCCACGACAAGGGACACUACGAGCCGCAGAACGGCAAAGAGGUCUGCCACGCCGUCCACACGAGGCCGCUGCUGCCCGAGUGCCCCGAGCCGUACCGCUACAACGACAAGAGGGACAUCUGCGUCAACCGCAAGAAGCAGCCGGCCGAGAAGGUGUGCCCCGACGGCUACAGGCCCGCCAAGAAGCGCUUCUGGCAGUACUUCAUCGACUCUGAGGACAAGAAGUGCGUCAAGGUCGAGAGGAAGCCCGUCCAGCACUACUGCCCUGACGUGAGUGGGCGCAGAACAAACACCUUGACGCGUGACCACUGGUGUGUGUGUGUGUCUUGCAGGGUGCUUAUAACCGCAAUGGCGUGUGCAUCAUCAGGGACGUGCUGCCCGCCAAGGGGGGCAACCUCAAGAAGCCGUACAACUGAGGUUCCUGGCUGGCUGAAAAGGCUGGCGACCGACCGAGGCGAUGUCUGUGCUGCGGUGAGCUGCGCUGAGCUGGGCCGUGUGGCGACUGCUUGAAUGAAUGGCCCUGUGCCUGCCUGUGGUGCGUGUCUGUCAUGAGUCUACACACAUGUGGCCGUCCGGUCAGUCAUCUCAAUCCAUCAGUCAGUCUGUGUGGUGGUGUGUCUGUGGUCUCUCUGUCGAUGCAUUCUUUAUAAAGGUGGCAGACAGACAGAGGGGCUGGGCUGGUGUGCCCUCCAUCGGUAGGCAGGCAGACCUUGUGUGCGUGUGAGCAUUGUUUUUGCAAUCAGUGAGUGAGUGAGCAUGGCAUAAAGUCACUUAGUAGGGCGAGGGGGGGUGAGUGGGUGAUAAUGGAUGGCAUCUCUUGUGAGUACCUCUCUUUUCGUGUAUUUGGCUGGCUCUCUAGCUGGCGAUCCUGUCGAUACAUACCCACUACACACGCAUCUGUCUGUCUGUCUGACUGUGUCGUGUGUGGGUUUCGCAACGGCGAGCGAAAACCAGAAGGCCUGAGUGACGACCAGAGGCACGCACAGUGCCCGGAAUUUUGAGUGGUGCCUGCCUGCGGGCCUCUGGUUGUCUUCAUGAGCCCCGCCGCCUCUCUCUGGUCCAUUUGUCUGUCUCCACAUUGCUUGCGUCAUGCCCUAUGGAUGGUGCAUUUGUCAGUUAUCGAAUUGCAUGGGGGAUGGGGGAGGGAGGGGCUGGGAGUGUGUGCAUCCAUCGCACUCACUCACUGCUUUAGUGAGGGACACGUACGUCCCACACACACCGACGCACAGCACAUAGGGUGUCCCGCUAUAGCUAAUGUCGUUUACAUGGAGUGAGUGUACCUGUCGUAUCGUAUCGUAUCGGACUGCACACGAUUUAUGUUACACCCCCGCACACAUGGAGGGGAGGGGAUGGAAGGGGAAAGAGACGUGCGUGUGUGCGGGCUGAUUCCUUUUGUGAUGAAUGAGAGGGCUGGGGUGGGAUGCGAUAUAUGCGAUGGGAUGGAUGAACAGCAAUCUGGGACGCUCGAGUGGACUGACUGAUCGAUCACGAAUGACAUUGUUUGCCAUGAAUCAAUGAAUCACUCAACACGGAAUGACGCAAUGCGGUGAAGACUCACCUUACGUCCUCUUCCUCUCUUCCCUCUCUGUCUUCUUUUCUGAGGAUCUAGCCUUCCAUGGAUGGAGAAGCUGACGAAUCAUGAGUCGCCUGUGAAUGAAGCAGAUCAGCGAAAAAAAAAAUCAACGGCACAUGGAGACGGCACAGACAGGGCCGAUCGUGCCGCCAGAUGAACGAUGCAUGUGGAGAGGUACGCAGAGAUUUUUGGCUGGCAAGCUGUUGGCUGAGGGCUGCAGAC